GCCCGUGGGGAAGCACACACACACAGCACAGCAGCAGCACCGACUAAAAUUUGCAUUAAACAUUUGGGUGUUUUUUAAAAGUCCAAACCCGUGGCACCAUUCAAAACUAACCCAAAACUAGCCAUGACGGGUUUGGACUUUUAAAACCUGCCACUACUAUAGUUCAAAACCCUGACCUCUGCUCUGUGUGUGCGACUUCCUGUUCCUGACUUCCGGCGCUUUGUAGAGGAACAGCGUCGGGAGCUUUACGGGUCCUUUAAAUUCGAGCAUGGUGCAGCGCUACUCAUAGAAGGGCUUGCUGCAAGAGAGUGUGGUUGGAUGGUUGCCCUUGUGACUUUGUAAAAAAAAAUCAAUACAAUGGAUUUUGGGAGCUGGAAUGUAUGUGAGCAAACUGUGGUGCUACAGGGUGCAUUCCUAUUGGCUGAAAAACUUUGCCAUCCGAAAACAUUGCUGGAGACGAGGAAGUCUGACUGGCCCUUUAUUGAAAAGCCAAUCACAGACGCCUUCAAGGAAAUCUGCUCAGGUCUUUCAUCUAAAAGUCAAGGAUGGCGGAAAAGAGCCAUUGCUAUACUUUGGGCCAGAGCACUCUGUUGCACGCCAGAUCUGACUCCAAUUCCACACUUGGACAUGGAGAGGAAAUGGAAAGAGGAUGUUUUCUUUCCAGUGGAAAACAUGAUCCCAAAAAUAAGUCAUGCUGUACUCUUUGAACUGCUAAAAACAAUGAAAGCAGCAGACAUUUGUGCAGAAUUGCUGUUGGCACUUCCAGUUGGCCUUUGGGCUGAAGGGGCCACCUUAAUACUUCAGCAUAUUUGCGAGGAGACUUCAGUAGAGGAUGUUGAAUUUUUUUUAGAUGUCUGGUGGGAAGUAAUGAAAAGCAACAAGGAUGAGCAGAAUGAAACUGUUGAGUUAUUUUCCUCUGUGGUUUCUCAGUACUUACCAAACGCUAGUGAUGACCCAUACCAGAGCGCCAAGAGAUUUAAAUCCGAUCCUGAACAGACUUUAAAUCAGGCUGAUAAUAUCCUUACUGUAUUUCUAGAGGGGCUUCACAAAAUGAAACAGUGUGUUGCUACCAAUAAGUUGAAGUGCUUUACUAUUGCAAAUCUAUCUGAAAUGUUGUGCUCCUCAGCCUUUCUAGAGAAGGAUUCUGAGCUUGUGCCCAUAAAGUCCUAUUUAGAACAAUUUGCCACGGUGCUUUCUUUCUGUGAAAAUAGAUCCAACGAUCUGGAAACGAUUAAAGUAGCAGAAAAGAUGGUGCAGAGUGGAAGUACUUCUUCAAGAUUCCGCUUACUACGUGGUGCUCAGCAUUUUGGUUUAAGCCUUCUUAAAGACCUUCUUUUUCAGUGGGGGGAGGAGUUAAUUCAUGAUUUGACUAACCGCAAAGAGAUUGGCUAUGAAUGCUACAGGAUGAGAAACAGCCUUGCAUCUUUGCAUAAAAUCUUGAGAACUUUAGGAGAUGCUGGUAGCUAUCCUGAAGAACAAAGAGGUGAUGUACUGGAACUGGCACACUGCAUUACUAGCUUUCAGGAGAAAACUGCCCAGGUUCAGCAGGGAUGUCCUACCAACGCUAAUGAAAUGAUAGCUUUAAUUGCUAUGAAAAUUAUUGAGAAUAAAAUGGACCGUUUCAAAGAGGUCUGUUCAGUCUUUGCCUCGGAAGUAACAUGGGCCUUUUCAAAUGAAUGGUUAAAUUGCCUUGAGAAGAACAAAGACCAUUUUCAGGACCCUGCUAUGGUAUUAAAACUGCUGGGUCUCAUAGUAAAAGUUACUGCUUUACAAAGCAAUGUGGAUAUUGGGGCAAUACGAAAAGGUGCUGAUAUCACGUUAAGCCUGUUUUCAGAACUUUCCCUGGCUGAGAAGAAUGAAGUGCUGCAAGACGUUUUAUCUUCAUGGGGCAGAAAGGGUCUCUCUCCAUCUAUCAAAGCAUUUACAGACUCUUUCCAAGAUGAACUUAAUAUAACAUUCAAUCAGAUUUCCCAAAGCCUUUCUGAUUUCAGUGCUGCUCAGGCGGUGUCAAAGGUGUCUAAACUGGCUUUACUCAACCCGCAAGCAGUCGUAAAGAAAGCCUGUCAUUUUGCAGUGGUCAAUGUUGGUGCCCAUACAUUUUUAGCCAAGAUAUUAAGCUCUCUUCCAGCCUUAUGCUUUAAGUGCUCUAGCAAUUCCGAAAAAACAGUCUCUCUGUUGUCCGAGUGCCUGGUGGAAACCUGUUGGGGUAAGUUGUCUUCUGAUAAGGAAGAGAGACAGUUUUUGGCCUUACUGACCUUUCUGAUGGAAUCUUCAGAAACAAGUGAUAAUGAUGUUCCUGUCCAACUUCUCCAGCCGGCUGAAGUCGUACAAACAUUUGUCCUGCCAUAUAUUUUUGACGAAUUUGCUAAUGUUGCAUUAUGCUUGCACAUACUUCACAAGGCUCUUUAUGUCCAGAAUCCAAAGGAUGAUUCUGGAAGACACUGGGUUCUAUCCUGCUCCCCGUUUCCACUCAUUAUGUCAUUAUGUAAGCUUCUUAAUUCCUACACAAAAUGCUGGCAGCAUUCUGAGAAAUCACAUUGCCUUACACUGGGCUCCAAAGAGUUAAUCAUUGACAUUCUUACACUGAUCAGUAAUGCUGUCGUGCCAGAGGCUGGAAACAACCCAGAAACGUGGAACAAGUCACUCUUUUGGUUGCACAGAAAAAUGGAAAACGUGGAUUGGGUUGUAUGUCUGAGGCUAAAAACAAUAUUUGGAAAACAUUUUAAAAAUGAAGUCCCGUCUCCAUUAUUCGAUGUAUGCAAACUGUCUGAGAGGGAAUGGUCUCCUCUUCAACUACCUGAGUAUGGACCAGGCACAGGACUUAUGGCAUGGUUGGAAUGUUGCUGCAUCUCGGCAGAAAUGAAAGAUCAAAUGCUUUCUCUUCUCUCUGUCAACAGCAAAGAUCCAGAGGAGGUCAACUUUUUUAGUAAAGGGUUCCUGGUGGCAAUGAUCCAAGUUCUACCAUUUUGCAGCUCAACAGAAUUCAAGCUUGUUGCUGAGGUAGUGAGACAUCUCCUAAAAAGACAACUCCUUCAUGUACCCUACACACUGGAAUACGUGCAGCAUAUGCCACUUUUGAAUCUCCGACCAUUUGCCUAUAAUCUCCAAUUCUCUGUUCUUCUUCUCAGAGGUUUUCAGCUUCUUUGUAGUUCUAGCUGUUCUGAUUGGCUGCCUCUUGAGGGGCACAAACAUAUUGCAAGGCUUUAUUCUAACUGCAUAUCUGAUAUAUUAGAGGCUGUCAAGCAGCAGGUAUCGGGAAAUAAAACGGAGACUCAGGCAGAAAGGAAAGAACUGGAUUGCGUUCAGGAGGCUUCGUUUAUCUACACACAAGUAUUCUGCCAUGUUCUUCAUAUUAUAGCAAUGAUGCCCAAUAAUACAUGUGAGCCACUUUAUGUACUUUCACUUGAGAUUCUGUCUCUGUAUGAGACUCUAAGGGCAAGUGACACAUCAACAAACAGUUUGCUCAGAAGAGCUAAUGAGAGGCAUUUCUUAAAAUCCAUCACUGAGAAUGUAAGUGAUGAGCACCAUCGCACCACUCUGAUGCAGAAAAUUCAGAAAUUGUAGUAAAAAAAUCACUGUAGAAAUCUCUAAAACAAAGACAGUCUGUUUACAUGAGACAUUUUUUUGGCCAUAUAUAAUAGGGCAGUACAUAAAUUAAAUAUAUCUCUAUCAAUCUAUCUAUCAUCUAUAUCAGGGGUCCCCAACCUUUUCUACUUGUGAGCCACAUUUAAAUGUAAAAAAGAGUUGGAGAGCAACACAAGCAUGAAAAUGUAC